GUAUUAAAAGUAUAAUAUGUAAAAAAGUAAAUGCAUGUACUAGAGUUUUAACGAAAAUUCAAUUUGGGACAAAUGAACCCCUUCUAUUCACAACCAUGCCGAAGAGAAUCGAUAGUCCUCCAGUGUCACCUCUAAUGGUUGAGUCAGUUUGUUAUGGCCAGCUAAAAAUUAGAAAUUUCGUUCUCUAAACGCUGAUUUGGCCACCCGAGGCAACCAUGAAGGGCGGCACCUUUCGCAACACGCAGUGGGAUCCCACGCUGCUGUCCUCACAGAUUGUGUCCAUGCAGUUCUGCGUGUACUUCACCCUUGGCCUACUCGUCUUCGUGGCCAACAAGUUGUCCGGGGACAACUAUAGUCUGGAUCACUUGUUCGAAUACCAUAUCCACAUCUACGACAUGGGUGGCCGCCUGGUGAUCUGCGCAUUUGUUUUAAAUGCGUUCUUAGCCUCCCUGGCACUGUGGUGCAUUGUGAGAAGAGCCAAGCUCUGUCUGGACUUUAGUUGCACCUUCCACGUGCUGCAUUUGCUGAUCUGCUGGUGGUACAACCGCUCCUUUCCCGCGAACGCAUCGUGGUGGCUACUGAAUGUCAUCACCGGCACAAUAAUGUGCAUAGGCGGCGAGUUUCUCUGCCUGCAGACCGAGAUGAAGGAGAUCCCAGUGGGCUAUGCGGCCCUCAAUCAAAAGUCGGACGUCUGACUCGAAGCCACCAACUUGUGAUGCCUGCUACCCCCCCAACCAAGCCACCCAAAGCAGCUUCUGUGUACAUGUAAUUUAUUGUUAAACUAGCGUAAGAUUACAUAGC